ACAUAAUUUCAGAUGAAGAACCAAAUUAUGAUGAUGGUGAGCUGGACGAUGGUAAGCUGGAUGAUAGUGAUCUGGACGAAGGUGAGCUGGACGAUGGUGAGCUGGACGAUGGUGAUCUGGACGACGGUAAGCUGGACGAUGGUGAGCUGGACGAUGAUGAGCUUGACGAUAAUGAGCUAGGCAAUGGUAAGCUGGAUAAUGAUCCAGAUAAAGAAGUUGAACUGGAUUAUUAUGAUGAAAAUAUUAUAGAUGUAGAUAGCUAUGAAGAAAUGCAAAAUAAUGAUGCAAUAGAAAUUGAUUAA